UAUUGUUAAUUGUUUUUUUUAUGAUUAUUUUUUUUAAUGAUUCAGAAGUUUGAAUUAUGAUCGUAUGAAUUUAGUGGUUGUUUACUUAAAUAAAUUUUGAGUGUAAAACUCUAAAAAACAUAAAUCCCAUUUAAAAUGGUAACACAGUGAAAAUAUAUAAAAUGGGAAAGUUGAAGAAGUUUAGUUAUAAUCACAAAAUGAUGUGAAAAAAAGUUAGAAAAAUAUUCGUAAUAACAAAUAUGUUAUAAAUAAAUAUGUUUUUUUUCAAAUCCCAAAUGACAAAAGAGAGGUAGGAAACACAAAGGAUCAAAUAUUGAGGGUAAAAGUGGUAUUUUACAUUCCAUGACGAACGAAGGUGUCUUUCAAAUUUCACACCUUUCCUCCUGUUGGUUCAUACUUUCACCGGAUUUCUCAUCUGGGUGUGUUUCAAUUUGUCAAAAGCCACUUCUUCAUUAUUGAAUCGGUAGCCGCUUCUCCGUUUUCCAGUUUGUAGUUGGAAGCUAUAGCUAUUUUUCUCAAGAACACGACUUACGUCUUGAUUUUGAUCAAUGGUUAUUUUACUUCUUCCUAGGAGACACCCAGAACAUGCUCUCGCACUCUCUUUCACUCAUUCGAAGAGCCUUCUCCUUCAAAUUCCAAAUUUCAAGAAGAAUGCUGACCACUGUUCUUUGUAACCAAUCUCUGUAAUGGCCAUUAGAGCCUGUUCCUCCAAAUUCCGCAUCUCUAUUUCACUCUUCUCCUCUCUCUUAAGAACCAAUCGUUUCGCUCACCAACGCUCAUUCACUUCUUUCGCUACAGAAGCACGUGCAGGAUCAGACCCAACACUUCCAUUUCUCGUCAGUGAGAUAUCUCGCAUCCUCAGCGACCGUAGAAAUCCUCACCAUGACUUGGAAGUCGGCCUCUCCUCCUUCUCCUCCAAUGUAUCCACUGACCUCGUCGAGCAGGUUCUCAAAAGGUGCAAGAAUAUUGCUUUCUCCGCUCACAGGUUCUUCCUCUGGGCUAAACGAAUUCCGGGUUUUGAACCCAGCGACGACAGCUAUCAUAUUGUCGUUGACAUCUUGGGAAGCAGUGGACAAUUCGCUAUUUUGUGGGAUUUUCUUAUAGAAAUAAGGGAGACUCGGUCCUCUGUGAUUACCCAUGAACUUUUCUGGCAUGUUUUCACAGCUUAUAGCAGGGCUGAUUUGCCUCAAGAUGCCAUUCGAGCUUUCAAUCGAAUGGGGGAGUUUGGGAUUAGGGCUGGUGUUGAUGAUCUUGAUAAGCUCUUGUAUACUCUAUGCAAGAGGAAACAUGUGGCUCAUGCUCAACAGUUUUUUGAUAAAGUUAAGAGUGUGUUUAAUCCGAGUGUGAAAACUUACAGCAUUUUGACUAGGGGUUGGGGCGUUGUGGGUGAUUCAAACAAUGCCCAGAAGGUGUUUGAUGAAAUGCGGGAACGAGGUUGUUUGAUUGAUGUGCUUGCUUACAAUAGUCUCUUGGAAGCUCUGUGCAAAGGUGGGAAAAGGGAUGAAGCGUACAAGAUGUUUCUGGAGAUGGAUUCAAAUGGCGUUGACCCAGAUGCUGAUACGUAUUCAAUUUUCAUCCGCUCAAGUUGUCAAGAAAAUGAUUUGCAUACGGUUUAUAGGGUCUUAGAAAGAACGAAGAGGAAAAACCUUCUUCCUAAUGUGUUUACUUAUAAUUGUGUUAUCAAGAAGCUUUGUAAAGAUCAAAACGUGGAAGAAGCUUACCAAAUUUUGGACGAAAUGAUUGAGAGAGGAGUUACUCCAGAUACAUGGUCCUACAAUGCAAUCCAAGCUUAUCAUUGUGAUCAUAGCGAGGUCAAUAGUGCUCUUAACUUGGUAAAGAGAAUGGAUAGGGACAAAUGUGUUCCAGAUAAACAUACUUACAAUAUGGUUCUGAAAUUGCUAGUAAGGGUGGGAAGAUUUGACAGAGCCAAUGAAGUGUGGGAGAGUAUGGGAAAGAGAGGAUUUUACCCUUCUGUUUCAACUUAUGCUGUCAUGAUUCAUGGUUUCUGCAAGAAAAAAUGGAAGUUAGAAGAAGCAUGUAAGUACUUUGAAAUGAUGAUUGAUGAGGGAAUACCUCCAUAUAUCGCUACUGUUGAGUUGUUGAGGGACCGACUUCUGGGGAUAGGGUUCAAGGAUCAGGUUGCGAUACUUGGUGACAAGAUGAAACGAAGCACUUCUUGCUCCAUACAAGAGCUUGCCAACCUGAUGAGUGGUGGAAAACGUCGCGAGGCUCAGUCGAUGUUAAAAAAUGAAGAGACAGAGCAUGAAAGUGACUGAAGAAAGAUUAAAUUGCACCAAUCAUCCAAGUACGGGCUUUUUGUAAUUUAUUUGUGAUUCGGUUUCUCAUAAGGCCAGAGCAACUUUAUGUUUUCUUGACUUGCCAUAGUUUUGUGCUAAUAUACUAGCCGUUUCUUUUAACACUUCUUACCCAAUAGACCAAAGUUUUUACUCGUUCUGGUGUAACACCAGGAGUGGGGGGUUCCAGGACUGUACAACAAACUCCUUUUAAAAUACAAUGAAUAAAUAUUUGUUUCGUCCCUUUUAUGAA